GGGAGCAGCCGUCCCCGAGCCGCACACACGUCCCUGAGCUGCCCACACGCCCAUGGAGCUCUUCGAGACCAACCCUUAUUUUUUCCCAGACCAAAGGUUUUACGAUGGGGAAAAUUUUCUGGGGUCCCGCUUGCAGGGCUACGAGCCAGUGGCGUUCCCUGAGCGGCCCGAGGUGGCCCUGUGUCCUGAGGGCAGGGUAGCUUUGGAGGAGAAGGACUCAGCCCUGCCCGAGCAUUGUCCUGGACAAUGCUUGCCCUGGGCCUGCAAGGUUUGCAAGCGGAAGACCGUCUCCAUCGACCGUCGUCGGGCAGCCACUCUGCGGGAGAAACGUAGGUUGAAGAAGGUGAAUGAAGCCUUCGAAGCAUUGAAACGCAGCACCCUGCUCAACCCCAAUCAGCGUCUGCCCAAAGUGGAGAUCCUGCGCAGUGCCAUCCAGUACAUUGAGCGCCUGCAGAGCUUGCUCAGCACCCUCAACCAGCAGGAGCGGGAGCAGAGGGACCUACGCUUCCGUCCUGCUGCUCCACAGCCUGGGGCAGCCAGCGAGUGUGGGUCCAGCAGCUCAUCCUGCAGCCCCGAGUGGAGCAGCCAGCUGGAGUUCGGCACCAGCGCCGCGGAUCACCUCCUGGCCGAUGACGCAGAGGACCGCAAUCUCCACUCACUCUCCUCCAUCGUGGAGAGCAUCGCCGUGGAGGACGUGGCUGUGACGUUCCAGGAGGAGCAGGUUCAAAACUGAGCUGGUGCAAACUCCAGCAGCUCUUCGAGCUGGUAAUGGAGUGGGAAUAAGUUGCCAGAAGAAAAAUCAUAUUUACCCAUCCGGCAUCGUGGACCGCACCACCGAAACCAUCGCCUCCUUUCCCACUUCUCGCAAAAUGCUCCUGCUCAGGGAAUGACGGGGAGCGGUGGGGUUUGGGCAGCGCUGUGGCCCCGAUUCCUGUGAGGGCGGCUGACUGGCAUCAGGCUCUGCUUUGCUCCCCGUCUGGGGGCGAUCGGUUUUUGGGGGCCAAUGUGUGUGCUAGGUUCGCUUGCUCAUUUUUGUCCAAGAUGCUCUUUGACCAACGUCUCUCUCCAGCUGGCGUCCCACGGGCGCCGAGCCCUGCGGAGCCUGCCCUUUCCUUUUCUACUGAACGCUGUGUGGAGUUGCUAUUGGUUUUUUAUGAUUAUU